AUGGCACUGACUUUCCUGGCGGCCUGGGCACAGGCUGGCUCAUUUCCGAUGCUGUCCCUUUUACGCGGGGCAGUUUUCCAGCCAGUCUGCCACCAGCCCGCAGCGCUGCAUGGGGUUGCUGUGACCCAAGUGCACUUGGCAUUUGGUCAUGUUGAACCUCGCACAAUUAGCGCCCAUCGAUCCAGAUGCCUCUGCAGAGCCUGCGUGCCGGGCGGUGCGGGCACCCGCUGGGCUGUGCAGGCUGGUGCGGGCGCUAGUGCCGGCGGCAGCAAGCGAUCGCGGGCAGCGCUUGGGAAAGCGACUGCGCAUAAACCUGUCCAGGCAAGUGAUCAACACUUGUAUUUUUAUUUGCAGGUGCAACAUGCGAGCAAACAGAUUGCUGCUGACAAGCAGUACAAGGGUAUCAUCGAUUGUGUAGUGCGUAUUCCAAAGGAACAAGGAGUGCUGUCGUUCUGGCGAGGAAAUUUGGCAAAUGUCAUCAGAUACUUCCCAACUCAAGCUCUUAAUUUUGCCUUCAAGGAUAAGUAUAAGCAGGUGUUUUUGGGAGGUGUAGACAAGCACACUCAGUUCUGGAGGUAUUUUGCUGGUAACCUGGCAUCUGGUGGUGCAGCUGGAGCCACUUCCCUCUGCUUUGUCUACCCCUUGGAUUUUGCAAGAACCCGUUUGGCUGCUGAUGUUGGAAAAGCUGGCGCAGACAGAGAAUUCUCUGGUCUUGGGGACUGUCUAGUCAAAAUCACCAAGUCUGAUGGUGUGCGUGGCUUGUACCAGGGAUUCAAUGUCUCUGUCCAAGGCAUCAUCAUCUAUAGAGCUGCCUACUUUGGGAUCUAUGAUACAGCAAAAGGCAUGCUCCCAGAUCCCAGAAAUACUCACAUUGUUAUCAGCUGGAUGAUUGCCCAGACAGUGACUGCUGUGGCUGGCGUGGUUUCCUAUCCUUUUGAUACGGUGCGGCGUAGAAUGAUGAUGCAGUCAGGACGCAAAGGAGCUGAUAUCAUGUACUCUGGAACAAUUGACUGCUGGCGGAAGAUUGCCAGGGAUGAAGGAGGAAAGGCCUUCUUCAAGGGUGCAUGGUCCAAUGUUCUCAGAGGCAUGGGGGGUGCUUUCGUGCUUGUGCUGUACGAUGAAUUCAAGAAAGUAAUUUAAACAGCCUAAAUAGAAUUGGAAAUCAAGUUGAGCAGAUCAUGUAGAAUAACUACCAUUAUGGACCAUUGACCUUCAAGAAAUUCCUGUGAGUCUUAUUUAUCGGAGCCAGAUGAUACUUCUAGAUGGGGCUAGAAACUGACAUAGAGGACUGAUCCGCUUCUCUCUAACAUGCAUGAAGACACUGAAUCUGGCAAUUCAGUGUGGCAGUUUUUCUUUACAGCAGUAAGGAAUGAGUGGCGUUGGUUCUGGGUCCAAAGUUGUUAGGUCCAGUUUAGGCAGAAAAACAUCAUUUGCCUAUGGAUCAGUCUCCAGUUUCAAGUCCUAUCUUCUAGGACCAUAAAAUUGUAUUUGAAAGCAUUUGCUAACAAAUCAUGUUCUUUUCCACUUGUACUGAAGCACUAUGUACCAUUUUGCACAGCUGAACAUCUAGCAACUUUGUUCUUAAAUUGGGGCAUUCUGCUGUAAAACAAUAAACAUACUUACUCGG